GCCCGGCCUGUGAAUACAUUUUUCUUAUUGUUUGACGCUGGGCCGUACAAUUCACUUUUUCGUUGUCCAGAUUAAAACCAAAACAAAGCAAUUAGGAGCGCGUUGUUGUCGAGGUGUUUUGUUCCAAGGUAGGACCCGUAGCUUCUCCGCCGUCCCUCAGCUUGGAGUAGCGGCUUCUGAUUGGACAAUGCGCGUCCGCCACGACGCAGGAAGGUCGCCUCAUUGGUCCGCGCAGUCGGGCUCCGGCGGCUUGUCUCUUUAGCGCUCAGGGCGCUGACCCACUGCUCUUCCUCUUAAGUGAGUGCUCCAUUUCUUCUGACGCCCGGAGCUGCUGGCCCAAAGGGAUCCGGAGCGAGCUAGACCGGGCACCAUGACUACCCUUGAUGAUAAGUUGCUGGGGGAGAAACUGCAGUACUACUACAGCAGCAGUGAGGAUGAGGACAGUGACCACGAGGACAAGGAUCUAGGCAGAGGUGCCCCGGCCAGCAGUUCUGUUCCUGCAGCGGCUGAGCUGGCAGGCGAAGGCAUCUCAGUUAACACAGGCCCAAAAGGUGUGAUCAAUGACUGGCGCCGCUUCAAGCAAUUGGAGACAGAGCAGAAGGAGGAGCAGUGUCGGGAGAUGGAAAGGCUGAUCAAGAAGCUGUCAAUGACUUGCAGGUCCCAUCUGGAUGAAGAGGAGGAGCAACAGAAACAGAAAGACCUCCAGGAGAAGAUCAGUGGGAAGAUGACUCUGAAGGAGUUUGCCAUGAUGAAUGAGGACCAAGAUGAUGAGGAGUUUCUGCAGCAGUACCGGAAGCAGCGAAUGGAAGAGAUGCGGCAGCAGCUUCACAAGGGGCCCCAAUUCAAGCAGGUUUUUGAGAUCUCCAGUGGAGAAGGGUUUUUAGACAUGAUUGAUAAAGAACAGAAAAGCAUUGUCAUCAUGGUUCAUAUUUACGAGGAUGGCAUUCCAGGGACCGAAGCCAUGAAUGGUUGCAUGAUCUGCCUUGCCGCAGAGUACCCAGCUGUCAAGUUCUGCAGGGUGAAGAGCUCAGUUAUUGGUGCCAGCAGUCGGUUCACCAGGAAUGCCCUUCCUGCCCUGCUGAUCUAUAAGGGGGGUGAAUUGAUCGGCAAUUUUGUUCGUGUUACUGACCAGCUGGGGGAUGAUUUCUUUGCUGUGGACCUUGAAGCUUUUCUCCAGGAAUUUGGAUUACUCCCAGAAAAGGAAGUGUUGGUGCUCACAUCUGUGCGUAACUCUGCCACCUGUCACAGUGAGGAUAGCGACCUAGAAAUAGAUUGAACUGAUAGUCUAGUUGCAUAGAUUUCUCAUUGUUUGGGUUGGAAUACAUAUAUCAUUGUUUAUUUUUGUUCCUUCUUUGUCUUCUGGCUUUUCAGCUGUUCUUUGUAGUCCCUUUUAUUAUGUGUAACAUCAAGAAAUUCUUAGAUUAAAUCAGAAUGCUGAAUAACCUUGUAGCCAGCAAUAAGGUGACUUACAAUUGUAUAAACAGGAAGCCAGGCUUUUGAACUGUUUACUUAAGAUUCUCUGGCAAGACAUCUCUGUUAUUGUUUCCUGUCAAUAUUUACAAAGCAUCCUAAAGACAAUGUCUUGGAAAUUGUCUUCAGAUGGUCUCAGAGGUUUCUGCCAAGUCCAAGAGUAUAUAUAAUUCUGUAGGUAGUGUGUGUUAUUUGCAGUGUAAAUAGUGCAUUUUCUUAAUCAGAUAAUGGUAAAUUAUAUUUACUUGUAAUCAGUUCCAUAGCUCUAGACGGUGGUUAGAUUUUUUUCCCCCCACUGGGGUCUUGUUUAAAGGUGUGAGUCACCGCACCCGGUCCUGAGGGGUGGCCUCUGCUGCUGGAUUUGAUGUCUUCCUCCAGCAUUACUAAGUCUGGAACAGCAGGAAGGGUCGAUGCUUACUGACUUGGUGAUGUUGGAAGACAAGUAAUUUAUGGAUUUAAACAUUAGAGCUGGAGUGGGGCUGGAAAUCUUUGUAAAGGAGGAUCUUUCAGUAAGAUGCCCCGCUUGUCUUUGUCUCUUUUUUGUUUAACAAGGUAACUUUUUGUUUAACCUAGAUUUUUUUAAAAAACUUUUUGGUUUUUUUUGCAUAUUGGAAAAAUAAUUCAUAUUCAGUAGAGGAAAAUUGACCAAAACAGAAGCAAAAAUAAGAAAAUUAAAAUAUCCUACUACCUACUACCUAGAAUAAAACACUAUUAAUAUUUUGGUCUAUUUCCUGCCAAGGUGUUUUCUGUGUAUACGUAGAUACUUUGUUUUUAAAUAAAACGAUGGGAUCAUUCUGAACAUACUGUUUUAUAGUAUGGUCAGCUAAUAAUAUGUCAGACCUUUUUUCAUAUUAUUAAAUAUUCUGCAACUUUUUAAAAUGUCUGUUAAUAUUCCAUCAUAUAGAUGUGAUAUAAUUUGCUUGAUGGUUGUCUCUUAAAAAGAUAGCAAACACUUUUUUUAAAUUACAAAAGUGAUGGAUGUUCAUUGUAGAAAAUAUAAUAAACACUGUUAAGAUUUAAAAGCCAUAUAAUUCCACCAACCAAAAUUAAUCCCUGUUGUCAUAUUUGUAGUCAUUUUUAUAGCCUUUUUUUCUGUGUAUUUAUAAUAACUAUCAUUUGAUUUUUUUUCCUUUUGCUUUUUUACUUUAAAAAUACAUAUUCUGGGGUCAGGGGAAAUGUAAUCUGGAAUUAAAUAUUAGCCUUAAAAUUCACAAUUUUGAUUUUCCUGGAUUUUCAGGAAUUGACUAAAAGGGUCUUGAAAGUAUUUGCUGUAUUUAAUCAACAGAGUGCAUUUUUUUUUUUGACUAAGAAAGCUCAUUGUAGUAGAAAGGGUGGAAUGUGGAAUGUAUAGAAAAUUAUUAGAAACAGGGAAUUAUUAGUCUAGCUUAUUUCCUUUCAGUCUUUUUUUCAAUAUUUUUAAAAACAUUCAGUACUUAUUGAAUUUAGUUCUGUGCUCUUCCUUAUUUAGUAUUGUUUCAUAAAUACUUUGAUGUUUCCAAAAUUCUAAAUAAAUAAUUUUCAGUGGGUUCGUAAUA